UUGAGCGAAGUGCGCACGCAGCAAACCGCGUCACACGAUUUUCAAAGUUAUUACCUGUUAAAUCCAGAAGUUUAAUUAGACCGUAUGAGUCAGGACUGGAUUUUUACACAAAUUGCUAAAAUUGACAGCUAGGUUCGAGACGGGUAGCGUGAAAAUUGAAAGGCGGUACCGAGGGAACGUUUGUCGUCACGUCUGAAUUUGCGAGGAUGAAGUUGGUGGUCUUAUUAAACGCUCUAUGCAUCGGUCUCAGUUUGUGUUUUAAUGGUCAGUUGGCGGAACUUGAAUGUCCGGACGAUUGCGAUUGCCAUUACUUCCGGAUCAAUUGGGUGACGGAUUGUUCCGAUAGCAACCUAACCGAGAUACCGUACGAUGAGUUGAGUCUGAGUGUUUACGUCUUGGACUUGAACAACAAUCAAAUAACUGACGUCGGGCCGUUUCCGCACGACAUCAAAAUGCGGCGGUUGCAGCUCGCGGACAAUCUCAUGACUGAGCUGAAGAAGGAGUCGUUCGCAGGACUUAACUACCUGAUCGAUGCCGAUUUUUCGGGAAAUAUGAUAACCAGAGUCGAGCCUGAUUGCUUCGAUGAUUCGCCGGGCUUUAUCACUUUAGAACUUCAAGGGAAUCCGCUAGAGCCGGUCGAUGGGAUCUUUUUAUCCAUCAAGUCAUUGCUUUAUUUGGACAUUAGCAACUGCGGGCUAAAAUAUUUAAAUCCACUUUUCUUCGCCAAUAUUACCGCACUGAGUACGCUCGACUUAUCCGGAAAUCCCUUAGGCGUGAUAGAUAAUAAAGUCUUCGAGCCUUUGUCUAGUCUGGAAACGCUGAAAAUGAACGGCUGCAAUUUGACUUACAUUGCAAAUUACGCCUUCAAUUCUUUGGAAAAUCUAAAAAAUCUAGAAUUAAGCGCUAACAUGCUUACUACUGAUUGGUCGUCAGUCCUCGAUUAUCUCCCCCGAUUGGAGUAUCUCGAUCUCCGGAAUUCACAAAUUCGUCACUUGCCGGAAUCUGUCUUCCGUAACAACACUUAUCUAAGGACGCUAAUUCUGGCCCAGAAUGAGCUCAACGAUUUUGAUGUAUCACAAACCGUCGGCAAACUCCAACAACUGGACUCACUAGAUCUGUCUUUCUGCAAUUUAACAUUGCCUCUAUCGGAAGAUGCUUUCGUGAACGCGACGAAAAUUCGUAGUUUGUUCCUAUCAGGAAAUUCCCUAUUCGCGUCCGACUUAUUGGUUGCUUUGGCUCCAUUAUCAAAUCUAGAGCGACUCUCUUUAAGUAAUUGUGGAUUAACUCGUCUACCGGAUACUUUCCGUAACUUCAAAAGUCUACAAGAACUCGAUAUUUCCCAUAAUCCUCUCAAUGACGCAUUCGUCAAAUUAUUGACGCCUCUCGAUAAAUUAGAAUACUUAAAUAUGGGUUACAGUAAUUUAUCAUACAUAGCCCCGACGUCAUUCUCAAAAAUGACAAAUAUGAAACGAUUAGUACUUUCCGGAAACGACUUGAAUAACUUAGAGGCCGGUCUUUUUGGCAACUUAACUAGACUCGAAAGUUUAGAAUUAAAUUCUUGCGGCUUAAGACGAUCGAUCAACGCAACGUUAUUCUUCAAUAACUUGACAUACACCGAUUUAACCGAACUACAAUUGGCCGGAAAUCCGCUCCAAGUAUCGAAAUCAGGCCCUCUUUUACCUCGACAAUUAUCAAGACUGCUAACUUUAGAUCUGAGCAAUUGUAAUUUGACGUUCCUGCCACCGGAUGCGUUCUAUUGGACUAGAAAUAUCACCACAUUGAUUUUAAGCGGAAACCAUUUCUCCUCAGCCGAUAAUUUACAAUUCCUUGAAUUACUACCUAAACUAAAAGUGCUCGAUUUGAGGCACAAUAAAUUAUCCUCAUUCUCUCCGAAGACAAUCUAUUUAAAUCCCAACGUGGAAAAACUAAAACUAAUCGGCAAUCCCUGGAGGUGCGACUGCACCGUUGCCGAAUUAUGGGAUUGGGCCAAUUUGGAAAAGGGCAGUCUCGGCAUUUUGGAGGGCUCAACCAUCGCAGCCGAGCACGUGACGGUGGGCAAAACCAACAAGCGCAAAAAACUGCUUGUGUGCAAUUACGACACCUCGCAGCCUUUGCCCAUUAUCACCAAAACGGUUCGCGGCCGCAGACCCUUCAUCAAGCCGCAAAGGGUUCUAACCUCCACCAACCGUACGUGGGCCAAAUAUGUGCGCGAAUCGGGAUGCGAGCAACUCCCUGUUUUGCAAAGGUCUCCACGUGCCGCUGAUCUGAAUUACCGUAGAUCGGAAUUAGAGCCCAACACUUGGGCCGCGGCCGCCAUCAGCGCUGCCGCUGUCUAUAUCACCCUAAUGACGAUCGUCGGAAUUGCCUUUGUUUUUACGAAGAAGCGGCGAACGCCCAGAACAACCCCCGACAAAAAUAAUUAAACGCGAGAGAUUUUUUCCUGUAGUUUAGUUGUGAUACAUCCAAUCGUUCCUUAAUAGUGCCCAAGGUUUAGCCAACAGAGGCUGGUUUUCUCCAAGACGUAAUAAUAAACUUCCGUUAAUUGUGUUAAUCACGAGUCAGCAAUUUCAUAGAAAACAAUUAUAGAGAUGUAAACAAUAAGUGUGAAAGGUAUUUGUUUAAUUACGUAGACGUGUUAAUCGGAGAACUGCGUUUUUUCAAGACUGUUUUUUGUUGAUUUUGUAUUUAACUGGGUGUGGCUGUUAUUUUCUAUGCUAAUAAACUAUUCAUUUAUAAUAAACGUGGUUGUUUUGCGCACCUAUUUGUGUGAUCCCCUCCGUAUCACAAUAACUAUGCAAAUUGGUGCGUGCACUACGAUCUUUUUUUCUAUGACCCUUCGAAUUAUGUUCGUUGCCCAAGGCGAUUUUUAAAUUGAACUCCUUUUAGUAAAGGGAAUAUGUAAUGCUAUACCGGCUAUAACUCGAAAAUGGCCACGACCACCUCUUACCCUGUCAUAGAGGGCGGGUUUCCAGCAGUUCCUGUAAUUGCAAGUGGAACGUGAACAGCCCUUGUUUCGGCCCUUCUGCCUCUCCUAAUUAGAACACGCGCCCCUUAAACCCAACCACCUACUCGCCGAUAACAGGGACACCUACAGGAUGGACCGAAACUAAUUUUCGAAAAAUUUAACGAGAUGAUGUCAACACGACAAUUUUCAUAUUAUCUUAACAAGGAAAUUGUAGGCUGAUUUUAUGAAUUUAUUUACAUGGUAGACGCGUCCCUUUUUUCCUAUUGUAGUUGAUAAGUGCAUCUUGUUUUAUUUUUGUACUGCAAUUGCGUAAUUAGAUUGUUGUAAUUUGUCACAGUAUUAAAACGUACCUUUUUCAA